GGUGUCCGGUGUCCGUGGCGUCUCCGCUCCCCCCACCCGGACACGGGACCAUGUCGAAGUCGAAGCAGCAGCAAACCCCGGGCGCUGUCACCGCCGCGCAGCCGCCCGCGCCCCCGGUGGGGGAUCGGUACCCGGUCAGACCGGAGGGCGAGAGUGGCGGCGGCGGCAACAACAACAACAACAGCAACAGCAGCAGCAACAACAACAACAACAGCAGCAGCAGCAGCAGGAACCGGGAGAGGACGGAGGCGGAGAGCGAUCGCUGCAGGACCAGGGACCGGCUGGAGGCGGCCCUGGCCGGGCUGGGGGAGCUGGAUUUCCUGAAGCAGAGGCAGGAGUACCUGGUCCGGGGGGCGAUGGAGUUACUGAGACCCCCGGAGCAGAGCGAGAGGGGGAGGAAGGGCGAGAGCAAGAAGGCGGCUCAGGGGGACCUCUGUCUGACCCCCGAGGAGAAGCAACUGGAAGACAACAUUUUGAUGCUCAGGAAACAACUGAACUGCUUGAGGAGGAGAGAUGCCGGGCUCAUAAAUCAGCUGCAGGAGUUGGAUCGGCAGAUCAGUGACCUUCGGCUGGAUGUGGAAAAAGCACCUAAUAACCACCUCGAAACAGACAGCCGACCUAGCUCAGGGUUUUAUGAGCUGAGUGAUGGAACGUCUGGGUCACUUUCCAACUCCUCCAAUUCUGUUUUCAGUGAAUGUUUGUCCAGUUGCCGCUCCAGCACCUGCUUCUGCAGUCCAUUGGAUGCAUCACUGAGCAUCACAGAUGGACGACCAAAAUCGGCAGAGGAUCUCAUUGGCUGGAGGGAGUGCGGCGAGGGACUGCUCGACUACCAUUACGUGGGAGCCGUGCGACGCUCCUUCUCCGCGCCGUACUCUAGCUCGCUCGACGUCGUCACUGACGUCCACCCCAAGUAUCAGUGCGACCUGGUCUCCAAAAACGGCAGCGACGUCUAUCGGUAUCCGAGCCCCCUGCACGCCGUGGCCGUCCAGAGCCCGAUCUUCUUCCACCCGGCAGCGAGCGGCUGCAUCAAAGAGGAGGAGAAGCCGCUCUGUGGCGACCGGUCGAUGGCACCUCAGUCGGCGCCUGCAGAUGGCGAGUCGGCUGCCGCCAUUCCCCAAAGCAGUUCUUGGCCAACGAUACAGCUUUCGACCGUGAAAAGACUAGACAAUUACAUUUUUGGCCUCAUUCAGAAAAAAGCCCAGCCAGUCAGGCCAAACAAGCCAAGGACCAGUUUGAACCCAGACCCACUGAAGGGAAUCCUGAGGCAGGGCAGCGUAUGUGUCAGGCAGACUGCAAUUAUCCCUCCGUCGUGUACUGAAAUGAAAGCACCCAGAAAUAUCUACGCGCACUCUUCUGUGUCCAACUGCCCCGAAUUCGGUGUGAUGUCCCUACAGAAGCAACAGCAGAGCAGCGAGCAAGCGCCAGACCACAAAAGUGCACCAUCGACCAAGGCUGACUUAACAAACAGCCAAUUAACUGUUCUACAAAAUGGCGUCAGUGAGCCUCAGACUGCCGGCCUUUCCAAGAAAAGGGUUACCACCACUGCAAAUGGGCUACUAGCCCCAUGCACUGCAGCUGCCAAUUGCCAGGAGGGAAAUGGCGAGCGUGCCAUCUGUUCACCCAAAGACAAUGGACGAGCACGGGCGGGCGUACAGGAGGAGAGCAGCAUCUCGCAGCCUCCCAAAGUGGUGUCCUCCAAAGGUUCUGUGGAGGAGAGACCGCCGCUGGAUUUCAGGAGUGAAGGGUCUUCGGUGCAGAGCUUGGAGGACAGUGGCCACCUAGUGAAUGCCCAGUACAUCCCGGGGCAGCAGCAAGUGAUCAAGUCCCGUAAAGGCACGAAGAACGUAAAGAUCGGCAAAGUUAAGAGCUCUGCGUUGAAGCCCAAACCACACUGCGAUGCUGGUCCGGAUGUGAACGUUCAAACGUUGAAGGACAGGCACAAAGCGGCUCCGAAAAAAUGCCGCUUUUCCGAUGACGUGGACCAUGUGAAGAAGAAUGUCAGGAAGACAACCCCCAGAGCCAAGAGGGGCUGCCACCCUCCUUCCGAGAGCAGCCUCCUAGGCAGACACAAUGGGGUCACCAGAUCUGUCAAGUGCAAUGGAUCAGGAAGGGAAGUUGUUCUGGUCAAACCCAGAUACAAGCAGCGGGUUGAUUAUCGCAGGUGGAAAUCCACAGUGGAGGUUACCCAUGAGGAGGCGCUGAAACGGUUGCGAAGACGCAACAGGAGGGAAGCCCUCGGCCAAGUGUCCGGUGUAUACGUUCAGGCCAGCGUGCAGCAAGCGAGCGGAGUCUGCGGGAUCCGAGGCAGCGACUCCGAGUACUCGGCCGAGUGUGAGUCUCUGUUCCACUCGACCGUGGCGGACACCAGCGAGGACGAGCAGAGCAACUACACCACCAAUUGCUUUGGAGACAGCGAGUCCAGCCUGAGCGAGGUGGACUUUGUCGGGGAAACCACGUCGUCCAGUGACUCUGACGAAAGCGGAGGACUGGUCUGGCCGCAGUUAGGUCAGCCUCGGCCCAGCCAGGCCACAGCAACAACAACAGCAGCUCCAGAGCUGAAGAAGUCUCCACCAAAGGCCUUUGUCAAAAUCAAAGCUUCACACAAUCUAAAGAAAAAAAUCCUGCGCUUUCGAUCUGGUUCACUGAAACUAAUGACGACUGUAUAAGAGAAAGUGUCUUUCAUUGUAUUGAAAGUAAAGGGGACUUAUUCUGAACUGUGUAUUCUAAGGUGGGUAUUCUAAAAGAGUGACUAAUGUGUGCUUUGUUUUUGUAAGAAAUAAGCAUGUAAUGAGUUUUUACUACAAUAUUCCAUGUGCAUGACUAUCUUCAAUAUUGGCACCAAAUUGUACAAUAACUGUAUAUAGUCCAUGUAUAUUAAUACAAUAUGUUUUAUGCUCUAAUAAAUUGUCUACCUUGAA